CCAUUCCCCCCACUUAAACUGCAAAAAAUUGCAUCUCAAGAAGAAGAAAGAAGAUGGAUAACAAAGUGAGCGAACAUGGUCAAAAUAAAUCCGAAUUGUCGUCGUUGUCCUCAAUAUCGACAACUACAAGUGUUUGGAACAAACUCGAUCGGAGUAUUGAUCAUUUGAUUUAUCACUGUAAUGGAUAUGAGAAUUCUACGAAUUACUUGAAUCAAUAUCGAAAAUGGCUUAUUGCGAGUAGAAAUGAUGACGUGGAUGUGCUGGAGAAGCUUGUAGCUCAGACAGGUCUUUUGGGGCAGAAGUUUGCUGAUGUUGGUCCUGAAAUGGAUGAAAAGAUCGAGGAGUCACUGACAUGGCUGUUUAGGAAGAUUGGAUGGAGGCCAAGUAAAGAGCAGCAAAAUAUUGGUUAUGCUGGCUACGAAGACAUGCUUCUCCGCUAUCGUGGAUUGAACAAGGAGCUGGACAUGCUGAAAUCAAUUAUUAAGCAAACAUCCAAUGUUUUCGCUCAAAUUGUUCAGGAGCAUCGUAUGAUGGGCCAGAUGAAUGAGAAACUGGAUGAGCUUCGUUUUCGUGCGGCGCUCCUGAAAGUGGCGACUACGGUGGCUGGAAGAACUGAAAACGAGAAUGAUCCACUCUCAUCAGUUUUCUACCUUCCCGUUCUUCUCGCUGGAAUCAUCUUUCAUCCGGACACAUCCCAAUCAUACGCGGCAGGUCUUCUUCGUCUUUGCAAACGGCUUCUCGUUGUUUCUGAGGUGGUCCAAUACGAGAAGAAUCCAAAAAAGAAUGAUCCAAUUGUCACCAUGAGCAACAUUCUAAUCCAUCCAGCACAAUCCUCUGUGCAAAGCUUCUACGUUCCUGAACAAAUUUGUGCUGAUGGAAACGGAGAAGUCUGUGCUCCAGAGGAAAAACUCGUCCUUCCAAUCGCACGUGACAGUGUUCACUUAAUGACCUCAAAUGUAAACGGCGAAGUUACUGCUCCAGAAGAGAAGAUUGAUCCAGUUGCUCGUGACAGCUCCCACGCUCUCCCCGAGAACGGAGAAGUCACAGGAAAUUCGGAGAUUUCUAUGCCAAUUGCUAAGGACAGUGCCACAACAUUGAUUUCUAAAGAGCUGCCACAACCGAUGUCAAAACCAGAAGACCUCGAAAAAUCGAGCAAGUGAAAGAAGUCCGGAAAAAGUCAAAAAGGAAAAUGAACUGUUUUUGAAUCACGCUCGAAUGAAAGCUUU